AUGUACUUUACACAUUCCAACGGAGAGAGGGUCACCAUCGGGAGUGACAGCCGGUUGACGGACCUGGAGGUGUUCAUGAGGGCCAAGCCGUACCUCAACCGUAAGCUAAACAUCCACUACGGCAGCGGUCAGAGGGUAAGGGUGUACGACGAGCCCGAGCUCUCCGUGGUCAGCCGCAUGGUUGCGGCCUACUACAAUUUCGAGCUAGAGCAAGAUUCCGAUCUCUUCGAAGACCCUAUCUUCAAGUCUAGCCUGUGGAACACAUGCCUCUUUGCCCAAAGCGAGGACGGUCGGGGAUAA